AACAUAUUGGCGCUGCACCGUCCUUCACUUUGCUAUGGGGUAAGUUGAGAGUGGAAUAUUGAAUAAUAAACGAUUUGUCUCAGGAGAUGUGAUCAAAGGUUGAUGUAUGAGAUUAGAAUUAGACGGUCAAAGCUGUGGAUGGAGCCAUCUUGACAUGCAAACUCCAGUAGGUUUUGAGGGGGUCAAAUUUAAACAUGCUGUCAGAACUGUUUACCUUCACCAAACCUCCUUUACGGUGGACCUUUCUUCACUGGAAAGCAAGUUACUCCAAAAACACUCACCCUUUAGAUCCAAGAUGGUGGUCACUGGGAUUUCCAGUUCACAAAAGCACUUACAGACGGACUACUGCAUCAUCCUCAAGGACAAAUGUGAUGCCUGUCUUCACUAGAGCUCCUGGGUUUGGGGAAACGCUUGCAGUCGCAGACAGCAGUGGGAGUCACAGCUACAAGCAGCUGUACUGCAGCAGCUUAGGUCUUGCCAGUAGAAUCAGCGCAGCAUUAAAUUCUGGCUUUGGGUGUCUUGACGGAAGACGAAUAUCCUUUCUGUGUCCAAAUGAUGCUUCCUACGUGGUGGCACAGUGGGCGGGCUGGAUGAGUGGCGGCACGGUGGUGCCGCUUUACCGAAAGCAUCCUCUUUCAGAACUGGAGUACAUCAUCACUGAUUCCCAGAGUUCACUGCUGGUGGCAGCACAUCCUUAUGCAGAGACCCUUGAACCGCUGGCACAGAAGCUGGGGCUUCCAUGUCUAACGCUCCCUCCUACAUCAGACCUGGACGCCUUAGAUGAUAUUGGUACACCUUCAAGAGAAGAGGAGAACGCCAACACGGACUGGGCAGAUCGACCGGCUAUGAUCGUCUACACCAGUGGCACCACGGGCCGCCCCAAAGGAGUUCUGCAUACACACAGAAGCAUCCAAGCAAUGGUCCAGUGUUUGGUUUCUGAGUGGGCGUGGUCUAAAGACAACGUCAUCCUCCACACCUUGCCACUCCACCACGUUCACGGCAUCGUUAACAAGCUGCUCUGCCCCCUGUGGGUGGGAGCCACCUGCGUCAUGCUUCCUGAAUUCCAGCCUCAGAAGGUGUGGGAGAUGCUCCUGAGCUUCAAGGCUCCAGUGGUUAAUGUGUUCAUGGCCGUGCCAACUAUUUACUCAAAGCUCAUCCAGUACUAUGAUCAGCACUUCACACAGCCUCAUGUCAAGGAUUUUGUCAAAGCGGUUUGCAAGGAGAGAAUCAGAUUGAUGGUUUCAGGCUCAGCUGCUCUGCCUCUGCCCACCCUGCAGCGCUGGGAGGAGAUCACAGGACACAUGCUGCUGGAACGCUACGGCAUGACCGAGAUCGGCAUGGCACUGUCCAACCCUCUGAAGGGCCCGCGGAUCGCAGUCAACAACUAUUGUACAGGAGCUGUUGGGCUGCCUCUUCCAGAUGUAGAGGUUCGAAUUGUCAUGAAUAACACAACCAACAUCAUGAUUGCUGAAGGGAAUCACAAAGAGACUCAGAUACGUCCGGGCCUUGAGGGGAAAGAGGGCGAGCUGCUGGUGCGAGGUCCGUCUGUUUUUAAGGAGUACUGGAACCGGCCUCAGGAGACCAGAGAGGCUUUUACUGAUGACGGCUGGUUCAAAACAGGAGACACGGCAGUCUACAAAGAUGGCGUCUACUGGAUCUUGGGCCGCAGCAGCGUCGACAUCAUCAAGAGCGGUGGCUAUAAGAUCAGCGCCCUCGAAGUGGAGCGACACCUACUGGCUCAUCCAGACAUCGUUGAUGUGGCUGUGAUUGGCGCUAAAGAUGCUACGUGGGGUCAAAAGGUCACGGCCGUGGUGCAGCUGCAGAAAGGCCGGAGUUUAACUCUACCAGAAUUAAAGACCUGGGCAAGGGAGCACAUGGCGCCCUACAUCAUCCCGACAGGCCUGGUGUUGGUGGAGGAAAUGCCGAGGAAUCAGAUGGGGAAAGUCAACAAGAAGGACCUCCUGCGACACUUUUCCCCGUGACUGGACGGCUUUGACGUCUGUGAAAGCGUGGGUGUUUCUUCAAGUGCGCAUCUCUUCCAAGAUAUUCCUUCCAGAUCAGACAGACGUUUCACGCUAAUGUAGUGAAAGGAAACAGAAUAAUGGUUGAUAUUCGCUGGAAACCAGUCACAGCUCCCAGAACUUGCCAUGGAGAUAAAUCUGGUCUUGUUUGUCACAACUAGUACGGUUGCUUUGAUGAAGCAGAAUAAAGUCGCUCCAUGAUGAGGGUAGUGUGUUAAAAGUUGGUUUGCAAUUUGGAAAGAGAGAAGAAGUAUUCAAAUCUGUUUCCAAAUAUGCGUGUUGUGUGACAAGAGGUUUUCCAAAAUACUAUUUGAAUCCUCUUCAUUUGCCAGUUCUCUAAACUGGUUCUGAAAAGGGUGUAAAAUUGCAAAAACCUAAGCAAACACUUUCAUUCUUUAACUUUUUCACAUUUUGUGAAACACCAACAUAUUUAAUUGGAAUAUGGCGGGUGAGCACCAUUCUCCAUUUGCUCUGACGUUUUAGGUGAAGAGCCACGUCGAUGUUCAAAGAACGGAUCGAGCAUUACUCUGUGACAUGUUUCAACCUCCAGAUGUUUUCUAACCUAACUUUAAACUUCGCAGCUUUCUCCUGCUGUGCUCCAUGGUCUUCAUGAUGAUGGUUGUUCACUAAUGUCACUUUUUUAGAUUUUCUCUCUCCACUUCACAAUGAUGAAUCUCUGUCAAUCUACUGGAUUUAGAUCCCAUUAAGAUGGGAUCUAAAUCCAAAAAUAUUCUAGUUGUAAUGUGUCAAAAUGAGAAAAAGUUGAUGAGAUAUGAAAACCUUUCUAAGUGGUUUAAUUUAAGCAGAAGCUACGUUGUUAAUAUUUAACACACUACCUUUCCAUCAUAGAGGUAUUGCUGCAUUCAAUAACAUGAACCCCUAUAAAUCUUUAGUAUUUACAAAGAACAUUUUGCGUUGGAUUCAUAACACAUGGCAGUGUGAAACUUUAUAGGAUGAACUUUUGGGAUCGAAGUUUUAUGUAGAAAAAUAUUUUUGCUUUACUUGCAAUAGCUCUUAAAAAAAUGAUCAAUUUAAUGUAAAGGAAGAAAAGUUGAGAAGAAAUGAAUGACGGCAGUCGGCACUGUUGUAGGAUUCGCUGCUCUUGAAGCCAUCAUGAUUUUAUCAAGAUGAUACGGUGCUACACACAAAUAAAUUAACAACAGAUAAUUUUGUUAUUGAUUAGAAAAACAUACUUUGUCUUUGUAAAAAAAAAAUAGAUUGAUUCACUUGAAUAUCUGUACAUAAAACACACGUGGUAAAUAAAAAUUUUUGGAAGUGUA